AUGGCUCCCAAUCUCUUCCUCUGCGCGCGCACAAUCUUCUGCCCAAUCUACUGGUUCCAGAAAGGCGAUCGCGACAGCACCCUCCAGGAGCAACACUGGCAAUCACCCGUGCCAGGCACCUACAAGUUCCUCCCCGGUCGAGGCUGGCAUCUCGUCCACCGCGACGGACAAGAAAAGGAAGAAAAAGUCCCAGCCGCACUGGUCUACUGUCGCAUUCUCCACAGGUACAUGUUUGAGACCGAAUUAGACGACCGCUGCCGCUGGUUUGACGCUCCCCUGCACAAAGGCGGGCGUCCGGAAAAGCUGCGCUUCUUCCUGCUUGACGAUGGUGUCCACUGGGUUGCUGGCUGGGAUGCCCAUGGCAACUUCAUCCCUGGCCCUUAUCCUAAGUGGUGGCUUGAUGAGGAUGGCUGCACUAUGCGUCGUGGUGCCUCGCCCCCAACCAGUGCCAACGUCUCCCGCUGCAGCAGUAUUAUUGCCGGCAAACUCGACUAG